AUGGAGUCUCUUCCCACGGAUAUCUUAGUAGAACUCCUUUCUAGGGUUCCAGUUGAAUCAGUUUUAGAGUGCAAAUUAGUUUGUAAACGUUUUGGAAGUCUCAUCCGCAGAAGUGAGUUUACCAAGAUGCACCUCAGACGCCAGCUUAACCAUCUCCAUGGUAGCGACCACGACGGCAAUGAUAAUAAGGUGGAGGAGCCAUGUCUCUUUUUUGCUUGCCGCAUCUCCAUGUCCGGCAACAGAACGUUGCUUUUCAAUGGAGGACAAGUAAGUGAUAGGAUUAGCGUUGAUGAGAAAUACAUUUACAAUCAAAACCUGAAAAGGAUCUAUCAUCCUCGUAUGCACAACAAUAUUUCGUAUAAUCACUUAGUUGGCUCUUGCAAUGGUUUGGUUUGUGCAUUUCAACACCACCACUUAGUUAUAGAUCCCAUCUAUAUUUGUAACCCCCUUACCAGAGAAUACGUUUAUCUUCCUCAACUAGUUUUAAACGAAGACGACGUUGAUCCUGAUCAGCUUGGUCGUGUAAAGGGAGGAGAGGUUGACAUGUAUGGUCGUCUAGCAUCUGGAUUUGGAUAUGUCAGAUCAACCAAUGAGUACAAGGUUGUCAGAAUCCAUUACCCAAACGAUGGCUUCGCUGACGGAAAUGUCGAAGUAUACAUACUUGGCAGUGGUUGUGGGUGGAGAGCGACAGGUAGAGUUUUCUAUGGACUGGAGGGUAAAGGUACUUAUGCAAAUGAUGCUAUUUAUUGGAUUAAGCAAGACAAAUUAGUUGUGGCCUUCGACUUGGCUAAUGAAGAGUUUCGAUUCCUACCAGUCCCUUCUGGUAUGGAAAACCGUACCUGCGGACUCGUAGUACUUGGAAGGCGUUUGUGUCUUUAUAUAGAUUGGUUCCGGGCAGUAGAAAUCUGUUCCUUGAUGGAAAGUAGCGACUCGAAGGAGACCUGGUGUACCGAGUUUGUUAUAGACUUAUUCGAAGCCGUAACAGGCUUUCGUGGAUUGAAGUUACAGCCGAUUUUACUUACAAAGAACCAAGAAAUCAUAUUCUUAUGUGAUGAAUCCGUGCUGUAUAGUUAUGACACGAAAACCACAAUUUUGAAGAUGAUUUCCAACGACGCACCAACUGAUUACAUCAGGCAUGUCGAAGCAAUUGCUCACAUGAACACCUUUGCGUCAUUGAAAGCUAUGGGAGAAAAUUCAAAGAGAUACACAACAGCUCUUCCACGACGGGGUCCACGCCCGGUUCGUACUCCAUGGGAUGAUGUUGCUGAUGAGGUAUACCGAGUUGCUCCUGGUGAGGAAAUUGAUACAGCUUGUUUCGGAUUUGAGCCUUUUGCUAAUGAGGUAGACGGAGUUGCUCUUUGGAUUUGA